AUGACCAAUCUCAACCAAAGAUCGCCCUCUCCGGAGUUUUGCCCUUUAGCAAUCGGGCCAGAUUUGUCACCUCUACCGCAUCUCAAAGCCGCUGGGACUACCAGCGUCGACUUCGCGGGCCUCCUCUCAAGUCCUCUCCUAUUGCACGAAGAUCUGUCGUCUGGAUGCGGUGGUCAGACGUGGCCGGCGGGCAUGCUGCUCGCAAAGCAUAUGCUCCGCUACCAUCGAGAUGACUUGCGCGAGUCCAGAAUACUCGAACUUGGCGCUGGCGGUGGUCUCGUGGGACUGGCCGUGGCAAAGGGAUGCAAUGUCGAGAAGCCGCUCGUCAUCACUGACCAGCGAGCGAUGCUUUCGCUCAUGAAGCACAACAUCUCGUUGAAUCAGCUGGAUGGUGAAGUUGAAGCUGUGGUACUGGAUUGGGGCGAGCUGCUCGGGGAGGACAUCCUGCAUCUAAAACCCGAUGUUAUACUCGCUGCCGACUGCGUCUAUUUCGAACCAGCAUUCCCAUUGCUGCUGACCACUUUGGCGGACUUGCUGACGUUGUGCCCCUCGGCACAGGUCUUCUUCUGUUUCAAGAAAAGGCGCCGAGCUGAUAUGCAAUUCCUCAAGAAGGCCCAGAAGGCUUUCAACGUGGUAGAAAUCAUGGAUGAAGACCGGCCAGUGUUCAGCCGUCAGGGCUUGUUUCUUUACAGCUUCACGGCUAAGACACAGCAACGCAAUGGGUCUUAA